AUGAACUUUUUUGCACUCUUUGAUAAAGGUCAACUUCUUGCAAAAUUUACGCCUCUUCUCAAGGGUUUGGCUAUUUUUUCUCAGUUUGGAAAGGACCGUGAUCCUGAGUCGGCCGGUGGACUACGUUUUGCCUCACCAAUUAUGAAGAAGGUGAGCCGAUCGCAUCAGGAUAGUCGGGAUGAGUCGCAGCUGACGUCAGCGUAUAAGGACUCCAGUGAGAUGAAGGAGUCACUUGAAGUGCCACUCAGCCUUUCGCUAGCUUCUGCUACUGGAUACAAACCCUCGAAACCAGGUGCUGUCUCACUGGAGGAGAGAGCUAUCUCACCACCAACGGUCUCCGAGGCUGGAUUUGACAAGAAAGGCCAAGGGGAAACUCGUGAGGUGUCAGGGAAACUGGAAGCUCCGGGUGGAAAAUCUGCUGAUUCUACCGAACCUCUGACGGCUCGACUACGCGCUGCAAUAACAUCCACAUUAGCGGAACCUCGAGCAGAUAUGCCAACUCCAUCUCCAUCCCUCCAUAGGGAUGCUAGCAAGCUCAACGUAAGCCAGGCUCGCGAACGUCCACCACUUAAUCGCUCCCUUGAGGUAGAUGACGAAAACGGGAGCAAUGGAUUACGGGCACAGACUGCCUUCUCCUUCGAGGAUUCCAUCGGACAGCAUCGAAAUCCGAGAGUUGGGGGAGUAGGAACUUCGCGUCGCGUUUCCUCCCUCCGCACGCGUUCUACCCACGGCGGAGGCACCAGCGGAGGUGGUAGCGGCGAAAUGACCUCUACAAUGGCCUCUAUGCUCGCCACUGCUAUGCUCAGCACCGAGCGGUGUCCCUGGUGCCAGACGGUGCUGGAAACGCAUGAUGAGACUACCAUUGGACUAGGACUCAUCUGUCUAGCCACUUUUGUACACAGAGAGCCUGCUUUGGCCGCUCCAUUCCUCAUAGACAUGCUUAUGGUUGCAGCUAGAAUUGCCACAACCACACUCUACACUUGGCAGAGGGCCCUACCAAACGUGAUCGUGUCAGGCAAUGUUGCCAGCAUAGCUCGGCAGUUUCUACGAUGCACAAUGUACAAUCUGGCGCCUAAUGGACUUUUUACCCAACUCUUCCAAACACCUAUACCGGGUGGGUUCCACGCCUAG